CAAAGCGGAGUACCUGUUGUCGGUACACUGCGAUAUCGUGAAUUAAAUUACAAGGUGAUCUAAUUAUGGAUUAAGUGAUUGCUUUCGAGAAUCCGAAAACAGGGUCGGAACCUUUAGAUUGUGACACGGACAACAUUCAAAGGACGAGAACAAUUUUAUCGUACACCGAAAAACGAAGUGACAGUGUUGUUAGCUUCCAUCGAUCCAUCAUGGCGUCGCAGUAAACUUCCGACCAAAACUUGUUGAACUUAGGAAUUUAAAACAGAUCGAACGUCGAGGUAUACGUGUGAAUAUUGUAAUUGGAUUAUGAAGUGACAAUAGCAGUUUGUUUCCACUGUAAUUUAUCCAUAAAUUUGUGUUCGAUUUAAAAUCAGGACUAUUUGAAAUUGAAACCCCAUACAGUCGCUAGACGGACACUUGUUUCAUAAUCAUAUUUUUUUUUUCACGAUUGAUAAAAUUGAUGUUGCUAUGAAGUAUAAUUAAAUCAACAUUUUGAAAAAAAAUUUGCAAGUGUUUUGAAAGGCAAUGGACCCGUAGACAUUGCAUGAUGAGAAUGAACAUAUUCGUUCUUGUGAAGAGGUGAAGAUGAUGAAAGUAAAAAGGAUUUACACAUCCAGCCUACCAAGAAAGAAAUUGUACCUGAUCUUCAUUUUAUGUGUCAUUCUCGUGACGGACAUUAAAUCUGAGGAAGUUUUCCAGUACCCCCCUCAACAGAUAAUAGAACACCCUUCAGCGGGCAGCCCUCGGCCUGAGGGUGCAAUCAAGCGACUGACAUGCCAGGCGACGGCAAUCCCAACCCCGCUCUACAGCUGGCUGAAGGAUGGGGUGUUCCUGCGACAGAACAUGACGCAGACCGUGUACGAGAUCGAGAACCUCAAGCGCAGCGAUGCCGGCGAAUACCGCUGUCUCGCGUCCAACAUCCUUGGAGGAAUGCUCACCCGUCCGGCCAUCAUCGUUGUGGCUUACAUGGAACCGUUCGAGCAGGGCGGCCCGAUAGACGUAUCUGUUGACGAAGGCCGGUCACUCAUCAUCCACCUGCCCACCAUCGUCAGCAUCCCGGCGCCGGUUGUCGACUGGAUAGAGAAGAAACCCAACAACAGCACGACGACCCUGCGACCGGAGGACCAGUACCACAGCAUCAGUUUGCUGAACCACCUGGUGAUCCUGGAGGCCAACGUGGCCAACUCCAGACACGAGUACCAUGCGCGUGCUGUCAACGUCAACGUCUACUCCAACAAUCGCAUGAUCAGUCGAUCUUACCGGCUUAAUGUCGCAGAUCUUGAUGAUUCCACUUCUUUUCUCCAACCGACUGUUGUAGUGGCACCAGUCCCAACUUUGGCUGAUGUUGGAGAUCAUAAAGUUGAACUGGAAUGCAUCAUCAAUGCAAGACCGAUAACCCGGCUGGUGAUGAACUGGUACCGAGUGAGUGCCAGUGGCAGUGAUGAGCGAAUAGACCCGGGAGAACAUUACCUGUUCUCGACAUUCCGGCGCAAGCUGACCAUCAAGAAGCCAGCUCUCUCCGACUCGGGCAUGUAUAAGUGUGAGGGCUUCCUCAACCAAGGCUCCUCAGCAAGGGCAGUAGCAAACGCAACUUUAACUGUCAGAGGUAGCCCGAAAAUUACCCCACAGUUGCCUGGAAUCAUUGAGAAAGCCUUCAGUGAGACUGUGGAAAUAACGUGCACUGCAAUUGGAAUCCCUGCUCCCACUAUCAGAUGGUAUUACAACGGGCAUCUAGUUAGCUCUCUACAGAGAAGCAGAACUGUUGAGUUUGCCAAUGGAACGCUGCGUAUUGACAGAGUGGAGAUGUCUGACAUGGGUCUGUACCAGUGUAUCGCUCAGAACCGAGCCGGGGAGGAUUCAUCUGUGUCCUGGCUCAAAGUCAACAGUUCACCGCCCAAAUUCACAUCAACACCUGACAAUUUAACAAUUGUUGAAACCAGGGAUGCCAAAUUUUACUGUCAGGCCACUGGUGCACCAACUCCAGUAGUUAGUUGGUACAAAGUUGUCAGUGGUAUAGACAGCCCAAUUGUCAGCGACGGCCGUUACCAGAUCCUGAAUGAUGGACUCCUCAUUGUAUCGACAAAGAAACAGGACUCGGCAUUGUACAAAUGUGUAGCCUCCAAUGUCAGGGGACAGAUUUUAGUGGAAGCUUUGCUGCAAGUUAUAGUAAAAACUCAGAUUGUGCGACCGCCACAGAACAGCACGGAGAUUCUGAGUACGCGCGCAACCCUGGAGUGCGGGGUCAGUCACGACGAGAACAUCCAGCCGCAGUGGGACUGGUUUUUCUACAAGAAACCCAGUUACAGUGAGGAGCACAUCGUCAGUGGGGGCAGGCGCAUCAUCACCGCCACCGGCAGUCUCAUCAUCAGCGGUGUGGCGGGGCAGGACAUUGGGCGCUACAAGUGUGUCGUCACCUCGGCCGGCGGGAACGACAGUCGUGUGGCAACAUUACUCGUUAUUGAAUUACCACGGAAACCUGUGAUAACGAGUGUCACUUUAGCUCGGGACACAGACAACAGCGUCAUCAUUACAUGGACUCCUGGUUUCAAUGGCAACAGUCCUCUACAACGUUACAUCAUCAGCUAUAGAGUGGAAGUCCAAGGUGCUAACAAUGACAACUCGAGAUGGCAGGUGUACCCGGACAUCAUCAAACCCAACUUGUCACAGUACACAGUUUCUAACCUGCAGCCAUCUCGCUUCUACAAGUUCAAGAUCAGCGCAUUUAAUUCGGUGGGCGAGGGAAACGCCAGCAUCCCUAAACCAGAUCCAGCCAUUCAGAUGCCACCACAGCCUCCCGGCAGACCACCGAGAAACUUUUAUUGUAGUCCCGGACCAGAUCGGUCGAUCCUGGUGAAGUGGCAAGCCCCAGAAGAGAAUUCAUGGAAUGGGGAUCUCCUUGGCUUCAUCAUCCAGUACCGAGUUGCCAACUACCCCGACCUGGCUCUACAGAAACGCAACAUCACCGACCGACUGGCCACCAGCUACGUCCUCGACAACCUCGUCUACCACAAACAGUACGAAGUGGCCAUAGCGGCGUACAACAUCAAAGGUCCCGGAGUGUACAGUUCGUACUUCUUCGUGUGGACCUUGGAAGGCCGGCCAACUGCUCCGCCACAGAACAUAACUCUCGUGUCAACAAACUCGACGACGAUUAAAGUCACGUGGCUACCGCCUGAUCCGACGCAGAUAAAUGGAAUAAAUCAAGGGUACACGAUCAGUCUCCGCAGGUCCGUGGUGUCACAGACGGAAAGGAGUGAGUUCUUCCCGUCGGAUCAGGAUAAUCUGUACGGCCACCAGACAACGCAUAUUUACAACCUGAUGAAGUAUACGGAGUAUGUGAUAACAGUCGUAUGUCAGACCAGUCGUGGACAGGGCCCGGCAAGUAAUCCACAGAUGAUACGUACACAAGAAGAUGUUCCUGGAAAAGUAGGAGACUUGAAGUUUGACAAUGUCCGAGACAGAACACUGAGAGUUUUGUGGACCGCCCCACAAGAAAUUAACGGAGAACUUCAAGGAUACACUGUGAUUUGGGAGAGAAAGAACGAGUCCCACACUCGACAACAGGUUGAGCUUCCCAGCAAUUUGACGAGCUACACCAUCCGCAAGCUGUCUCCAAUAACCAAGUACACAAUAUAUGUGCAUGCUCGUACCAGGAAAGGACCCGGUCUUCCCAAGAGUGCCGACAUUGAGUCUGGUGUGCCUCCAGAACUUCCCACCGAACCGUUUAACUUGGCAUACAGCAACAUAGAGGCCCGGUCUGUUCUUCUACAGUUUCUCCCGGGCUCCAACGGUAAGACAUCGAUCACGCUGUGGAUUGUCGAAGCCCUCGAGGGUUCCAGCACCAGGUGGAAACAUAUCUACAACAUCUCCAGCCCAAAUGCUCGGGCCAUCAACGUCCUAAAUUUGAAACCAUACACGAAGUAUCGACUCCGUAUUAUCGCCGAGAACAUUGUGGGGCGAAGUAAUUCCAGUGCUCCGACACGUGAGUUUGAGACGAAGCAAGAUGCACCGUCGAAACCACCGGGUAACGUCACUGUGAGGGCGCUGAAUUCCACGGCAUUGAGAAUAAGCUGGACACCUCUGUCCCUGGUAGACUGGAACGGAAUCCCGCGAGGCUACAACAUCUACUACCGCAUGAAGAUGCCGCAGGUGAGCCUCCCGGACUCCUCGUUCACUAUCGUACAGCUGGAAAACGGCAUGGACAUCGAGAGCUACUUCCUCGUCAGCCUGCAGGAAUGGGUCGCAUAUGAGGUCAAGAUGAACUCCUACAAUGAUGUCGGUACCAGUCAAUUCAGUCCAAUUACCGGUGAACGAACACGGGAAUCGGUGCCCAGUGCUAGCCCGACAAGAGUGCAUGCUGUGGCGAACUCGUCAACCAGUAUUAAUGUGACAUGGCAGCCGGUGCCGCCACUCGAACAGAACGGAAUGAUUCUGGGAUACAAGGUUCAGUAUUCGUCGUAUGAGGAGAACAUCCCGGCCAGGCAACAGGAUGUGUUUGGCAACGGCACAAUGAGCUCCACAGUGGGAGGACUGCGCAAGUUCGUCAAGUACGAGAUUCAGGUCUUGGCGUACACACGGAUGGGUGACGGCAUGCUCAGCACUCCAGUGUCAGUAAAGACCUUUGAAGACUAUCCGGGACCACCAAUAAUCAUAUACUUUCCGGUUGUGACCUACUCCUCUGCCUUAGUGGUGUGGAGCCCCCCUAAAGAGCCCAAUGGCCUCAUCUCUGCGUACCGAGUGACAUACAAGAAGCAAGGCUCCAAUGAGUCGAGUGCCGCGGCUGAUCUACAGGCUGACCAGCUGAAUCACACGGUGCUGGGGCUCCAUAGAGAGACGUACUAUGAGUUUUAUGUCACUGCCAAGACAAGACUAGGAUGGGGACAGGCUGCCAAGGUUUUAGUGUACACGAUGAACGACAGAGAUCGUCCUGCCAGCCCAUCAAAACCGACCAUCGGCAGUUCGCAGGUUACUGCACGCAGCGUGACAAUCAGCUGGAAUCCUGGGAACGACAACUACGGGCCACUACGUAACUACACAGUUCAGUUUCAGCGCAGGCUGGGCAUGUGGAUCAGCGUCCGAGAGACCAUAGCUCCAGAGAAAACGUCAUACGUUGUGUCCAAUUUGCGGCCAAACACUUGGUACAAGUUUCGAGUUGCAGCGACCAAUGAUAUUGGGACCAGUGAAUACAGUGCUCCCUCAGCUGAAGUACAGACCCAACCCGACAAACCAGAUGGUGCUCCACAGAAUCUGAAGGUCAAGGCUGUCACCAUGACAUCUAUCCAAGUGACAUGGGAGCAACCUCCCCAAGACUCGUGGAAUGGGCAGAUAGUGGGAUACCUCGUCCAAUACCGCCAGCUCCACUUGGCCGAGUUCCAGGAGGAAUCCGUGUCGUUUGAUCACAACAGCAUUGGCCUGCAGAAUCUUGUAGUUAAAAAACACUACGAGGUCCAGGUCCUAGCCUUCAAUGUCAUAGGUCAGGGACCUACCAGUACCCCGGCCACUAUUUAUGUAGGCGAAGCUGCCCCAACAGAUGCGCCAUCAAGAGUUCAAGCCAAAUCUGAGAGCUCUUCAUCAAUCUAUUUGACGUGGGUGCCCCCGCCACCUGAAUCACAGAAUGGAGGUCUUUCUGGCUAUAAGAUUUUGUACUGGCCUGAGAACUCGUCGGUGGAGUAUGCCCAGACGAAGAUUUCUCCCGACUCUCACUUCCUGCUUGGUGAGCUGGAUACGUUCACUAUGUACCACAUGACCGUCCAGGCGUACAACCUCGCGGGCGACGGGCCAAAGAGUCCUACAGUCUCUAACCGAACACUGGAAGGAUUGCCGACUAUUCCUGGACAGCUGAACUUUUCUAACAUCACGUUACAGAGGGUGACAGUGAGCUGGUCACCGCCGGAAAAACCCAACGGGAAUAUAAUCAAAUAUGAACUCAUCUACUUUCUUUCUCAGCCACACGGAUUGGAGACGAAGCUGGUGAAGCUGUUUCUGAACGGCUCGCAGCACAGCAUCACGAUCGACGAGCUAGACGAGUACAGCAACUACACGUAUGAGAUCCGCGCUCGUACCCGCAUCGGCUUCGGACCGGCCAGAAUCAACAGCUCUGUGACCGGCCCGCAACCUGGACUGGCUCCCGGCCAACCAUCAAAGCCCGAACUUGAAGUUACGCAAAAGUUUGUGACCUUGACCUGGAUGAACAACGGUGAAGGAGCAUCCAACAUCUUUGGCUACAUGAUUCAGGCCAAGGCAGAAGAUGAACAGAAAUUCAAGACGAUCAUGCAGAAGAACUCCCGAGAGCCGAUGGCCGUGAUAAGUUUCCAGAACCUGACGCCAAACACUCGCUACCAGUUCCGAGUGAUCGCCAUCAACUCUGACAGCAUCAGCUACCCCAGUGACGUCUCCGCAUAUCAGCAGACGCCAGGACCAGCUAUGAGUCCUGUUGGCAAGGCGAAACCUUUCCACACAGAGUGGUGGUUCCUGGUGAUCAUCGCGCUGACCGGUGUCAUAGUCAUCCUCAUCAUCAUCUCGCUCCUCUGUCUCAUCAGUCGCAGACACAGAUCUAACAAAGAGAUGAAGCGAUCUCAGACGACAACGACCGUGGCGUCAGACUCCCCAGAGCCAGAGGAAGGAGGUUUCCCCACGUAUGAACUGCGGCAGUCAAGGAGAAGCAUCAACAUGAGGAACGGUUCGGCAAAAAAUAUAUAUGCAAGGUCCCCCCCGAGGCCGAGCCCGGCUAGCGUGACGUACUCUGAUGAUGAUCUCGCCAUGGCCAAGGGGCCCAUUCCAGAUGACAGCAGCAGCAGCAUCACAGAGAAACCAUCAGACUUGGGAGACUCAACAGAGCCAAGCGAUGAUGAGAGUGAUCUAGAGAGUGAGAAAGGCCCGUCGUCGCCCCCUCCCCCUCCUUUUACGCACUAUGCUAACAAAGACAAUGUGAGACAAUCGUGGCGCUUCCCUAGCCCCCACAACGCGUACGCCUACACGGACAGUGAGGUGGAGAGUAGUCACUAUGCGAUGAGUCUGAACAAUGGGGAUAUUGUCGUGAACAACACGGCCGGAUCACGGACACCUCUCACAGGAUUCUCGUCGUUUGUCUGACGAAGGCUUUCUCAGACCCCUCUAACAGGAUUCUCGUUGUUCAUCUGACAAAGGCUUUUUCUUCCCGGGUGGCCCACAAUCACUGCAUCACCUCAUCCAUUCAUUGUUCAUAAAAAAAUACUCAUUUUGUAAUCAGAAUAGUGGGUGAUUUAUGUUCAUACAGGCUCUCAUUGUUCAUCCAAUCAUUCAGUUUUGUAUUCGGAAGGAUGAUUCUUAACAAUGUGUGAUUUUAAUGGUGAUUGGUGUUUUGAGGUGAAAGUGAGAAUGUUUUUUCAUCGUUGGAGGAUGUGUGAAGAAGAAUUGUGGACAUAUGUAUGAGUGUUUAAGUUUUAAAAUCUUGCAUCUGCAGAAAGAUGCAAGAUUUGUUUUUAAUGUUUAAUAGUCUGCAACUGGAAGAAGACUGUCCAUUUUUUUAAAUUGGUUUCUUUAUGUGGAGAUGACCUACAAAAGCCCUGUUUUGUUUUAAACAUUGGAUUGUUAGACUUUUUAAUGAUUUCUUUUGUUCUGUUGAAACAUAGAAAAGAAAGAAAAAAGUGAUAUGUUUUUUAAUUAUUCAGUUGGAUUAGAAGUAACAUUAACUGUUGUUUUAAAAGUGACCAAAGUUGUUGCUGAUUUCACUUUGUUACGACCAUGGUCUCAAACUUUUAAAAAUGUGGCAUUUCAUUUAGCUGUAAGUCUAUGCAUGUACAUGUUCAAGAGACCAGACCCAUCAUCCUGUAUUCAUUGUCUAGGUAAAAUGUUAUGGCAACAAAUGCUGGUCAUUAGUGUCAUACAACGUGAAUUACUACAUUGGAUGUGCAACAAACCAGCAAAAAAUAAUGAAAAGACAAAGUACUUUAAAACCAGUCUUAGUGUUAGAAAAUUAAAAUGUUUUCAUUGUUGGUGGAUGUGUGAAGAACUGGAUGACUAUGAAAAACACACAAAAAACCCCCACCAUGCAAGAUUUUAACAUAAAUGACUAUUUAUUGCCUACUGCAUUUUUUUAGUUGAAGAAACCAUCAGUGCAAUUAGUAAAUGAUUUGCAUGUGCUUACAAAAUUUUAAAGUCAAGACUAACAAGUUUCUAGACUGUAGCUACAUGAGACUUCAUAGCCUGCGGAUUGGAUUUAAAGU